AUGCGUCUCCAGACCUCCAAACCCGCAUCUAGACAAACGUAUAAGAUGGAAGCUUUCAGUCUCAUGUAUGUUGUUCUCCACUGCACUCAAGCACUUACGUCCAUCACGAUGACCAUAAUCACCGACCCUCAGAAAAUCGCUCUCGACCUCGUCUGGGAUGCCCAGCACGAGCUCUGGCAGCCCGCGCCAGACUAUCGCAAGGCUCGCGACAUUGGGCUCAAGGCCCUGCACAAGCUCGAGCACCCGCGCCACCGCGCUAAUGCCUGCCUGGUCCUGGCCAAGGCCCACGAGGGCCUGCGCAACUGGUUCAUCGCGGUCGUGUACUGGAAGGACUGCCGCGACCUCUACCCUGCCGGCUUCAACAAGGACAUGCAGAGCCGUCUGGACAUUUGCCGCGAGUACAGGGACGAGCAGGAGCGACGCCUGAACAGAUCUACCCCUGGAAAAUCAAAUCGCUCUUAG